UCUCUUUUCCUCACCGUAACAGCAAAGUGUACACUGGAAACCACAAGCUGGGACCUACCAAGUGGCCUCUGAUCUUUCUCUCCCCUUUUUUCUUUUGCCACCUUUCCUCUCUAUUUUUUUUCUCAUUUUGCCAAGGAAGAGGCAUUUUCACUGACAGCUUCUUGGACAGCUCUGGGACACUAUUUUUCUGAGGAGGCAAGCUCUUGGCUGUAAUAUUUCAUUGCAGUCAUGGCCCCUAAGAAGAAGAAUGUGAAGAAGAACAAAACAGAUAUCAAUGAAAUGACUAUCAUAGUGGAAGAUGGCCCCCUCAGCAAACUAAAUGGCUUGAAUGGACUCUUGGAUGGAGGAAAUGGUUUCAGCUGCAUCUCAUCUGAAGUUUCUGACCCACUAUACAGCCCAAAUCUCUUGGAAGGUCUAAGCAGAAUGAGACAAGAAAAUUUUCUUUGUGAUUUGACUAUCAGUACCAAAACUAAAUCCUUCAGUGUUCAUAAAGUGGUGAUGGCUUCAAGCAGUGACUACUUUCACAACAUCCUAAAGAAAGAUCCCUCCAUUCAAAGAGUAGACCUCAAUGAUGUAUCCCCACUGGGUCUGGCUACUGUUAUCACCUAUGCUUACACAGGAAAACUAACUCUCUCACUUUACACAAUAGGUAGUAUUAUUUCCACAGCAAUUUAUCUACAGAUUCAUACCCUUGUAAAGAUGUGCUGUGAUUUUCUAAUCCAAGAAAUCAGUGUUGAGAAUUGCAUGUACAUUGCUAAUAUCGCUGAAACAUACGGACUAAAAACAACCAAGGAAGCAGCGCAUAAAUUUAUUAGAGACAACUUCAUUGAAUUUUCAGAAACGGAUCAGUUCUUAAAACUUACUUUUGAUCAGAUUAAUGAACUUCUUGCAGAUGAUGAGUUGCAGUUGCCUUCUGAAAUUGUUGCAUUCCAGAUUGCAAUUAAAUGGCUGGAAUUUGACCAAAAAAGAGUAAAGUUUGCUGCCGAUCUCUUAGGUAACAUCCGUUUUGGCACCAUCUCAGCUCAAGACCUCGUCAAUUAUGUUCAAACUGUGCCGAGAAUGAUGCAAGAUGCAGACUGCCAUAAGCUCCUAGUGGAUGCCAUGAACUAUCAUUUGCUUCCCUACCACCAGAAUACUUUGCAGUCCAGAAGAACGAGGAUCCGUGGAGGAUUCAGAGUCUUAGUUACUGUUGGGGGACGCCCUGCUCUAACAGAAAAGUCUCUUAGCAGAGACAUCUUAUACAGAGAUCCUGAAAAUGGAUGGAAGAAGCUGAGUGAAAUGCCUGCUAAAAGUUUUAAUCAGUGUGUAACAGUGAUGGAUGGAUUUCUCUAUGUGGCCGGUGGAGAAGACCAGAACGAUGCCAGGAACCAAGCCAAGCAUGCAGUCAGUAAUUUCUGCAGAUACGACCCUCGUUUCAACACCUGGAUUCACCUGGCAAACAUGAAUCAGCGGCGCACCCACUUUAGCCUGAAUGUGUUCAAUGGCCUCCUUUUUGCAGUGGGUGGUCGCAACUCCGAGGGGUGCCUCUCCUCGAUUGAAUGCUAUGUACCUGCAACUAAUCACUGGCAGAUGAAGGCGCCCUUGGAGGUGCCCAGGUGCUGCCACGCCAGUGCGGUGGUGGAUGGUCAGAUCUUGGUUACAGGAGGUUACAUUAAUAACGCCUACUCUCGCUCCGUGUGCAUGUAUGACCCCAGCAAAGAUAGCUGGCAGGAUAAAUCCAGCCUCAGCACCCCAAGAGGGUGGCACUGUGCGGUGUCCCUUCUGGAAAGGGUGUACGUCAUGGGUGGGUCUCAGCUGGGGGGGCGAGCCGAAAGGGUUGACGUUCUCCCCGUGGAGUGUUACAGUCCUUACACGGGGCAGUGGAGUUACGUGGCGCCACUUCAAACCGGAGUUAGUACGGCUGGUGCCUCCACACUUAACGGGAAAAUCUACUUAGUGGGUGGCUGGAAUGAGAUAGAGAAAAAGUAUAAGAAGUGCAUUCAGUGCUAUAACCCAGAUCUCAAUGAAUGGACAGAGGAAGAUGAGCUGCCUGAGGCCACUGUGGGCAUAUCCUGUUGUACAAUAUCCAUGCCCAACACCAAGACAAGGGAGUCCAGGGCCAGCUCAGUCUCCUCUGUUCCAGUCAGUAUUUAAAUACGGGUCUAACUAGCAAUAAGUAGAAAUGUUUACCAGCACUGCGGUAUAAUUAACCCUUUAAGUAGCAUUUCUCUGCUUCUAUGGAAAAAAAAUUAUUGGCUUUGCAACAGUUUAAACAGUGCAAAUUGGCCAGUUUUCAUGACCCUUAAUACAGGUGGUGUGAAACAACAUAUUAGGGAAAAGAUAAAUUUUCUUAGCAGGAAGAGAGAUUUAACUCAUAACUGCAGAAUUUCCUUCUCUUCCUGACUUUGCCACUGACUUACAGUACUAUCUGUGGCAAAUAAUUUGAUUUUUUUGUGCCUUGGUUUCCCUACCUGUAAAAUAGAGAUAAACUUGCUUCAGAAGAUUGUUGUGAGGUUUCUUUAAUAUUGUGUUUUAAAUGCUUUCAGAACCCAAACCAAAAGUCAGAUAUUGCUAAUCAUAGAUUUCAAAGUACAUCAGAAAUAUGCCAUGUCAUCAUAAAAGUGAUUGGUUUUGUUCUUUUCCAAACAUUUUCUAUUUUGACAAACAGAAGGGGGGAAAAAAAAAAACCAAAAAUCCCCCAAAAUAUAGCCUGUAGCAUGUGCAUACUUUCCUUGUAUUCACAGAAAAUUUCUCAAGACAUUUUCUCCUUCAGAAGUUUGAAAAAAAAAGCCGUAUCUUCUCUCACAAAACACUGUAAUUCUCAUAUUUAAUGUUGUGAUAUGGCUUUCAAGACCUGAAUCCACAAAGUACCUUAGCUCCUGUGGAUGUUAUGGGCCAGAUGCAAGGUCUACCUUGGAUGUCAGAUUUCCAUGCUGACCUCCAUGUGUACACCAAGGAACAGACCGCCACUCCAUCCUCCUCUUCACCCUUGGAGAUUCUCGUGUCACUCCAGGUGGAAGGCAUGAAGGGCAGUCAGUAUGUCUCCUCCUGUUCCUACUCUUCCUGUCUGUUUAGGAAUGUAUGCCCAGGUUAUCUUCUUGUUCAAUAAGGUCCUUGGCCAUGCAAGGAGCGAGGAGUUGCCACAGCAGGGCCAAAAUCUGGAAGCUGAGUUCAUGUCAGGAGAAUGCCAAUGUCUAAUGGUGUUUGAGAGUGAAGAUGCACAGAGCGUCUCUCGUUUUCAGCAUUAUUCUGACAAAUUCCCAGUUGAGUGAGGAACGAAGAUUGAAUAAAAACCGCUGGAUCUGCCUAUAAGAGUAGGGAACUGUGGAACAUAGUGAAUCAUGGGAAAACUGAGUGAAAUAGAAAAGACUUUCCUUAGUAGUACCGAAGAGAUACCUUAACAUCUUUCUUACUAGGUAUAGGCACAGCAUCACCCAAAGUAACAUUUUCCUGAGUAUACAAUUAAGUAUCUCCUUUUGAAGCCUUCAUUACAGCCCUGUUUAUGGAGCUUCUAUUGAUAUUUUUCCACAGGCUGGAAAUGUGCCUGUUUCAGUCUGUGAAGUUUUCCCAUUGAGUAAAGUGAAGUCAUGCUCAACUUAGACUACCUUCCAAGAACUUUUCUUCCUAAUUUCAGCAUGCAGUGGGGGAGUUAAGCAUGAAACCUAAUCCUAUUCCCUUAGGCAAAGAGAUAUGCAACCUAUAAUGUCCCCUGAGAAUUUCAUACCAGAGGGCUGCUGUCAGCACAAAAUAUCUACAUCUUUCUGUUGGGAAGCAAUGCAAAGAAAUAAAAUGAUGUAAUGUAACCAAAAGAGUAGAAGUUCACUCACCUUAACCAAUUCAUGGAGGCAUUCAUGUGCAUUUCCCUCAGAUUAUUACCGACACCUCUUGGCCCCAGUGCCAAUGAGAAGGCAUGCUUUUAGCAAUAUUUACAUGGCAUCUAGAUUUUUAUCUUAUUUUCAAAAGGGGAAUACUACAAAAUUAUCUGUAAGUGCAAAUAUUCUUGAGGCACGCAUUUUCAGGAUUUAUGCUCUGCUCUUUGUAGCUUUGUUGCAUCUACACAUUGAACAUCAGCAUGAGCAUGACACAGUGUUAGAGAGGAAGUAAUUCACUUUGUUGGUUGGGAUUAAAUUCCACGGUACUCAGUCCUGUUUUCCAGUUCUAUGUUACAGAGUUCAUGUCUGCAUCCUGACUACACAAUUUUAAAUCUCAAAUUCUAUUUCUGAGUGCUGCACGUUAUUAAAAUAUACUCCGUUGCAAUGACUUUUGGCCAAAGUAGUACUGUCAUGUAGGAUUGAUUAAUUUAAUUAGCAUACAGUUAUCCUUUUUCCUGUUUAAUUCAUAUAAGGAUAAUUCUAAUCCACAGUCACAGGACAAAAUAUGGAAUAGUCUAACAGAGUAAGAUUGCUUUUGUUUUAAAUACAAAAAUGCUUUUCUUGCCCAUUCCAGCCCCCAAAAGCAUUCUCAUGGAUGACAGCAUAAUUUCUCUUCUCCGAAAGUCAUGAUCAUGUUAUUCAUAUGAAACUAUUUUAAAAACUCUGAAAAAUCUAUCUGCUCCAAUAUUUUUGUUUUAAAUUUUUAAUACUGUUAGAUGAAGUUGAUUAUCCAUCACCAGUCCAAUGAAGACACAUGCAUAUAUGUGAUUAUGGCUGUAUGCGUGCUCUAGUUAUUUAGUAUUUCCAAGGUACCCAUGAUGUGAUGCUUAGGAACUGAAGAAGGAAUAAUUUUGGCCCCAGACAAACACUGAAUAAAAUUCUAUCAAAUGCAAGCACCUCUCUUCUCCUGUUGGAACCAAGUUCCAGAAUGCUAUGAGUAGUCAGAUGUUGCAGCACACUUUCCUCUUUGUGAGCCAACGCUUCCUAUAUAUCAACAACCAUCUUCUGUUUUCAAGUAGAAAAGUAUUUAUGAAUGAUGGGCUAAGUGCAAUGAAUCUACUCUCUUACUACUUAAAGGGUUAAAAACUUUGGGGGCCAAAUCCUUUUCAUCUUACUCACAAAAAAAUGUUCCACUGGAAUGACUGAAUAAGAUGUACAGGAUUUCGAACUCUUGGCCAAAUUCUGGCAGAACCGUGGACAUAGAUGCCUGCUAGAACUGUCACACCCAGAAGGAAGACUGCUUCUCAGUCUCCACUGCCUUUGGCCAUGACAAGUCCCUAAAGAUGUGUCCUAUGACAGGAUCCAGGCACCACUGUCCAUGUGGUCCUUCCGUAGCACAAAGUAGGUACCUACUUCAGGCCAAAAAUUUUUGGUAGAUUAACAUACAGUAUUGUUAUCAGUAUAGCACUCCAGUGUGGGUUUAUAUUAUCUUCUCUAAACAUCUGUUUAGGCUUCAACUGCAUAUUGAGCCGGGAUUUGGCCUGUAAUAUGUGACGAUAUCAGCUGGACUUAAUAUUAUUUUAAUCAUACCAAUGUACUGAGCUAUUUGUGACAUUUUUAUGUACAAUCUUGUUUUGUUAGAACUGUGAAAAAUGAUUUGUAUGUUGUGAUUUUGGGGACAGUGUCCAGUAUGGUAUUUUCCCAGAUGUUUAAUAACAACAUCUCAGUUGAACUUGAAAUAUUGUAUAUCCCCAAAAGAAAUUUUAAAAUACAGUGUAGGAAUUACUGUGUAUGGUAAUAUAAAGUAGAGCAGGGGGCUUCUACCUGUAUGAGAUGCAGAUUGUUAAAACACUACAGGGAUCAUCUUUGAUGCUAUACUAAUAGUGAAAAAAUAAACCAAUAUAUGCUGUUAUAUUCAAAAUUCCUUAUGCCCAUGCAUUUUAUAGCCAACAACAUCUGUGCUUCCAAGGAAUUCAAGUCUGAAAAUAAGGUUUUUUCGGUCUGUGAGUGAAACAGUUUGAUAAUGUUUUGUUUUCUUGUUUAUUCAUGCUUGUGUAGGUGCAUGGGAGAGUGUGUUACAAGGUUGUGAGUGAGGAUCUUACUGUUGGAAAGUUAUGCUGAAAGGAAGAUUUCGUGCUUAGUUCUUAAUCAAGAUGAGAUUGUAAUCGUUUCAUCUCUUCCAAAAGUUAACCCACAAGAUAAUCUGUGGUUCAGUCAAGAGUUCAGUAAGCUCAAGUGCCAACUUGUAGCUGGUCAAAGAGGGAAGCAGAAAAAAAUAGCAUCAACCAAAGCUAUGAGGUGCUGAAAAGUGUUUUGUUUUGUGUUGAGAUUUUAAAAUGGCAAUUCUUGCAGGAAAAAGUACGUGAUGAAUGAAAUGAUGGAAUAAGACCAUGCUUUAUAUUAUCUUGAAACAUAGAUUAGCUGAUCCUGCAGUUUUAACUCCUCCCAAACCCAUGCUGGCUUUAGGGGGAGUUUUUCACUGGUGACAGAGCUGGGUUUGGUAAUUCUAGUCGCAAACCCAAUGGUCAAACAAACAGUUGUAUGAGCAUGCAUACAUUCUUAAAUUCAGUGAGACUUCUCCUAUGCGCACUUAUUCUAAUGGGCUUAUGUUUGGAAAAUUAACACACAAGAACUAAAUCCAUAGCUGGACAAGUAUCAAUGUCCAAUGAAAGCCAACCUGGAGGUACUAUCCUAAUCCUCCACAUCACCGUUCAAUUACCCACUUACCAUGCAGGCACGUGACUAGAUUUCCCCAUAAGGAUUAUUUCCUUUGGGAUUGCUGCUCAAUGAAAUCAUCUGUAUGCUCCAAAGAUUUUUGUGCAACUCGCAGGACGGGAGAUACAAGCAGCUCCAGUCAGUGGAAAGGGGAAGAUGGAGCCCCUUUGCACAGUCAGUAGACUAAGAUUUUGAUCUCGUUUCCCAACAAUGUUUGAGAAAUACUUGCUGGAAGGAAGUACCUGCUUCAACACACACCUUUCCGUAUGCAGCUUUUCUUCUUGUUACCUAACCGAGGUGGCCCAUCCUUUCUUAUGAAAAGCAAGAUUCAAUUUCCAAUAGCCUGUAACUUGAAUUCUCAGCUGAAUUGAAUUUUCAAUCCAUUUUAUCAAAGUUUACCCAGGCUGGGAGAUCUUUUUUGAACUCUGAAUCCACUUACUUGGAGAAGGCAGUUGAAACCAAUAGUCCUACUAUAGUCUCCUGAUCAUUUUCAAAUGAAUCUUCUCAUCUUUUUGUUAAAGACCUACUUUGUAUAAGUAAUCAAAAACAUUGUAGUGCACAGAUUCAGAUUUGUGUUCUGACUCCUCCAGGCAAGAGGAGGAUCUCUUUUCCCUAUUAUUUUCUGUUUUCUGGUCCAUCACUCAAAGACUCAUGAGGCACCAAAGAAGAUGCAGAGAUGCAAAUAGCACAUAAAAGCUCAUCUGUGAAUCUAAUUUAAAAAAUCCCAUCACUAGUAGCCACAACAAAGCAAAGGACACUGCAAUGACUUUUGUGGGAAAAAGGGGUGAAAAAUGAGCCACCGGUGCUCAUUUGCAAGUGUGGCACUGCUCAGACCUCUGUUCCCAGAAAGAAUAAAGGAAACUACAUGCAAUUCUAUAUAGCUUUUGUGACAUUCAGUUAAUAUCAGAUGAGUUUUGCCAUGCAAAAGGCUCAUAUGAGUUCAUUGUCAUCUCAAUGCAAACUAAAUUUUCAAUAAAAAUAAAACUUAUGAGGAAUACAUAGUCGAUUUCUGGUGGUAAGAAUGGGAACACAUGCAUUUCAAUACCCCAAACGUUACGCUGGUUGCUGCCUUGGCAGUUUUGUUACCAACAAGAGAAGUUAAAAAUCUUACUUAUUUGUGUAAAGCAUUUCCUUGGCUUAUGAGGGUUAGACAUACUGCUUAGACAAAUAGGUUUUCUAAUUAUACACUUUAAGGAUGGACUGUGAUAACACAAGGGAACAUAUUUCAAAAGAAAAAAAAUCUGUAAGUGUAAUGUGAGAAUGUUACUACUUAAAAAUUAAAAUUUGUGGUGCAGCAGUUGUCAUUAAGAGGAAUAACAGCAUGUUGGGGUUUUUUCGUUGUAUGCUUUAAAUAAAACUGUCGACACACACUGCAAACAAUUUAUUCUUGUUGUAAAAUCAGUUGGAGACUGCGAGACUGUCUUUCUGAUGAAUGCCUGGUUGCAGCUGAAAUAUGCUUUGUUUUCUGAGCCCUGUGCUGAUCCUUGCUUUCAUAUCAACUAACUGGAAUGUUUGUUACACCCGGGCUGUCAAACCACCUUCACAAUAAGCUACACAGUGUGACACUGGAGCCGUUUUUGUCUUUUGCCUUUUAUUACAAGGACAACAACUUGGCUUGUAAUAAUGAAUUUCACAGUUACUUGUCCUAGCCAAAAUGCCUAACAAAAAUGGUGAUCGAUCCAAUGUCUGAUUAGCACUUCAACGUGUUUCAUUUGGAUUGCUGUGAGUAACAAAAAGCAUUUCUCAUGUUUUGACACCAAAGGUUUUGGAUUAAAGCAUGAUGAGACAUUCAGCAGAAGUCGUGACCUGAAGGGAUACCCAUCCUGCAGUUGUGCAGAGGUAGCAACCAUGGGUUCCGUUUUCCUAGUAAAGAAAACUUAUCAACAACAUAACAGCAGCUAUACUUGCGAUAGAUUACUUAUAUAAACUUAUAUAAUAUUGAUAUGAAACAAAUUACAUUUCAGAAGGAGCCAGAGGAAAAGGGAGGAACAACCAGUCCUGGGGGGACACUCAGCCAUCCCAAAAGAGGGGAGGACAGAUCUAAAUAAUAAGAUAACAGAGCGAGUCUCCCUUCAAAGUGGAUCCACAUCACAGUCUGGAAUCACCUGGGCAUCCCCACCAAGAGUCCAAGAGCUCUUGGAAGGUUUACGUGGGAUUCAUCUGGGAAGUUCUCAGAGAGAGAGGCUCUAUUUUGGAUAAAAUUUAAUUCAUUUUUAUAACAGAGACAUAACAGAGAGUAGGUGUAGGACAACCUACUUUAAGCAACCAACAGAUGCUGGUAACUUCUGUUUUUCACCUCUAACAGCCAGCAGAUGAUGCUGUUUUGUGUUAUUUCAGAGCAAUCUUAUUUUUCCAGGCUGUUCCCCGCCUUCUCAGAUGAUAAACUGCCGUUACAGUCCCUUGGUUUUGUACGUCAGGAUGCCUCUGGUUUCUAGGUCCCUUGAUGCGCUUUUCAAGGAUACUUGUGGCUCCCAGGCUCAGUCCCAGGCUCGCACUCCCAGGCUGGCAAACCUUUCUCUGUCCAUAUUUUUCAGCGGACAAUUUCUUCUGUUCAGUAACUUGCCCCUUUUAACCAGGCUGCCUUUACGGCUGCUCACAGCCGGGUGAGCCAAGGCAGCCAGCUGAGCCUGCUGGCCAUCAGCCGGGACCCAAACACAUCUAGAGCAGCAUUUGGGCUCCUGAAAAUCUGCAAUAUAUGCCUGUGGGUGUGCUCACCUAUGCCUCAAGUCUGGAGGUCAUGAGUCUGUUGUCUUUCCUCCUCAACCCUUCUGUGAUUCGGUGACAGCAUGCAGAAAGUGGUGAAAACACUUCUUGGGGGACAAAUGUAUCUCUCGAGACUGCAGCUUAUACUUCACCUGGUUAGAGGUGGAACUCGGAAAGCAAAAGAUUGAGGGAGCGUAGGUGCAGAACUGCCCAGUAAGUGUGAAUUGGGGUAUAUCGGUAGAUCAUUUCUCAAAAAUCCUCAGACUCUGGACUUGAAUCUUGAUUGUCUCAAGUGUGUCCUUUCGUGCGAAUAAUGCCAUUGCCAAAAAAAAAAGAACACUGUUGCUUUGCUUGGUAUAUAGAGAUUCCUUUGUGUGGAGGCAUAAGCUGUAGAAAGAGCUGUGUUAUUCACUUGCUUUAACCAAAGCUUUACUGGCUAUAAAAAACCAGCCAAGAUUACAGCAAUAUGAGAGGGACUGCGACUGCUCUUGCGCAGAAAGGGAAGCCCUUGGUCUCCUGUCUGGGCUAAGUAGCACACAAGUCCUGACUCCGCACAGGGAGCAAGGCUGAUGUGACAUUGCUAUGUCCUUGCCACAAAAAGGCUAAACAAUAUGGUACCGGCAUAAGUUGGUUUUAGAUGACUUCUUCCUGAAGCCAGAGAGGGGAACAGGGAAGAAAGGCUCCAUUUCCACCCAAAUCUUUUACAGCAACACAACUAUCUAUGAUCUGUUAUCGAGAGCAGACAGUAAAUUGAUCAUCCAGGGCUUAUCCGUAAAGAAAAAGAUAGAAACUAACAGAGUACCACAAUAAUUUAGGAUGUGUCUCUGAACUGGCAGGUCAUUCAUAUUCUGGUUAUAGUCUUUAAGCAGUACAGGUAGUAGGAGUGGAAAGAAUAAUGUUAAGUAAUGUCAAAAUUAAGAAUAUGAAAGUAAAGAAAAAUGUAUAUUAUUACCAGGAGCUAAAGUUGAGCAGAUCAAAAUUCAGGCAUGAUUCUGAGGGAGCAAAAUACAGGAGUCAAGCCAUGAAUCUGUCUAGUAAAACCUGCUAAAAAAUGGAGAACUCACAGCUAGACAUGAUA